GCAAGACACUGCAUGGGACCUAACCCCUCACCCGUCUCUCGGGAUAAGCACGUCAGAUAAAAGCGUUCAAUGUAAACGCGAAAGCCUCUGUGAAGAAGGGAUUAAAAUCCGCAACGCUGGAUGUUGAAACUGCACUAGACCUGAAUCCUCUCAGCCAGCCGCACGUCGCCGGUUUUUCAUGGAAACAGAUGCACCCACAUCAGUCCUCUUUAUGUCGAUCAUCUGCAAAUGUCAUUUUCCUUUAAGAUGAUGUAAGACAUUACUUCAUGGGACGCUUUUUCUCUCUCUCUCUCUCUCUCUUGCACAGCUUGGAGGAACAUUAUCUCAAAGCUUCUGUCGGACCGAACUCAGCAGUUUGGAGAGAUGGGUGCGCACAGAAGUCCUGCUACCAUUUUCCUCCCGGUGAGCAACCUCUGAGCCUGUUUCAGCAGCAUCCCAGUUGAGAGGAGUGAUGCUUAGUAGCAGAAUUAUCGGACGCGCACAUAUCUUUUAAUAUAUUGGACUUAUGUGAUUGAACUUGAAGCCAGACGCAAAGACGGCGAACCUUUCCACAGAGAACUUAAGCGAGAGAAAAAAAAACGUUUUUACUUUUUUAAUGGUGGGAAAUUUCAAAGUGGAGUGAGGAUUAUAUUUCUUUGAAGUCACAGAAAUGACCCAACAGUGGAUGUGUGUAACAUGAUGCGUUCACUGGUUAUGAUAAUCGAUUCUGUUCAAAAAAAGGAUGCACCGAGGGCAGGCAUUUUUACGCAUGGGGUUAAAGGAUCUUCUGUAGGCACACCUUGGGAUUGCUUGUCAUGAGACACUGGAUGCGAGGACUGCAGCUUGAAUCAAGACUAUGCUUUGGGUGUGAGUGCAUCAGCAUCAUGCAGUUACAUCCCACACCCUGAACUUCUGGGACGUUUGCGCUUCGAGACGAGACUCAAAUUUCCAGAUUAAGGUUUGAAAAAAAUAAAUAAAAAUGGCACUGAGUGAAAACUGCAAAACGCAACCUGCAAAAGAGCAAGGCUCAGUGCAAACCACCCCAUCGGAUGUUAUUGAGCUAAACGUGGGUGGACAGGUGUAUUACACUCGUUAUGCCACUUUGACGAGCUUUCCAAAUUCCUUACUUGGGAAGCUGUUCUCUAACAAGAAGGGGUCUUCAAAUGACUUAUCCCGGGACCUUAGAGGACGUUAUUUUAUCGACAGAGAUGGCUUUCUGUUUCGGUAUGUAUUGGAUUACCUUAGAGACAAGCAAGUUGUCCUCCCUGACCAUUUUCCAGAGAGAGGAAGGUUGAAAAGAGAGGCGGAAUACUUCCAGCUGCCAGAAUUGGCCAAACUUUUGUCGUCCGAGGAUUCAAAACUAUUUCCAGACGACUUGUACUACAGUGAUUUCGAUGAUGCAUCACAGGGCAGCGACCAGAGGUUUUACUCCUCUUACUCCUUGGACAGGAGGUACGGCUACAUCACGGUCGCUUUCAAAGGCGUUUGCGCUGGAGGAGGCAGAGAAAGUCAAACUGAUGUCAAGGCUAAAAAGUUACCGAGGAUUUUCAUCAGCAGUAGGAUUGGCUUGGCGAAAGAGGUAUUUGGAGACACGCUGAAUGAGAACAGGGACUCGGACAGACCACCGGACCGUUACACCUGCAGGUUUUACCUGAAGUUCAGGCACCUGGAGAGAGCUUUCGACAUGCUGUCAGAGAACGGCUUUCAUAUCGUGGCCUGCAAUUCGUCCCUGACUGCGUCCUCUGUCGGUCAUUACGCCGAUGACAGGGUCUGGUCCAAUUGCGCACAGUACAUCUUCUACCGUGGGCCCUCACGGUGGAUGUCCUCUCACUGUGACUGCUGCUGCAAGAGCCACAAAAGCGAGCGUGAAGGGGAGAGCGGCACUUCCUUCAACGAGCUCUCCACUUCCUGUUCUGAGACCCAGUCGGAGGCCAGUUCCCCUCAAGGAACUGUGAUCUGUGGCCCCGUGAGCCGACGAUCCAACAUCCAGACACUGGACCGUCCCAUGCCUAAAGGGCCACAUCACAUGCUGCAGCAGGCAGAGAUGCGACGCAAGACUGACAUGCUACGUGUGAGAACCUUCGGUGUCCGCGAACGAGAGGCUGCAAAGAGGAAAGCGAACAAGGAGAAGAUGACUCCAGAGCAGGAGCUGGAGAAAUGCAUCCAGGACUUCCGCCGCAUUAGAAUUCCUGAUCGCUUUCCGGAGAGGAAGUACAAUUGGCAAACAGAGCUCCUGAGAAAGUACCGUCUCUAAAUAUAAGUGUGAAAAAGGAGAAGGAGAAGGAGAGAUGAUGGUAUCAUAUCAACAUGAACAAAGAGUAUUAACUGCAUAGGCAAUAGACUGCACCCUGUAAGACACAUACUGUAUUAGAAGAAAAACUAUGGUCACUUUCCCGCCAGCAUGACUAGCUGAGCACAAAAAGUACAAGGCAGUGUGAGUCCUUGAUAUGUAAUGUAUGCACAGUGUUGUGUAUGAUCUGCACAUGUGUAAAUCAGGUUACUCCUGUUGGGGCUUAUGUCACUAAAACCGGUUUUCACUUCUGAGAGCUGGAAACGAGUCGUACUAAAGGCUACUAUAUCACUAGUUGAAGCAACAAAGCAACCUCAGGGGCAACAUCAUUUCAAUCCAUCAAAUUAUCACAUACAUGUAUGUGCAAUUGUCCACAAUAGCUGUUUUUUUUUUUUUUUUUUUUAAUGGAUGUACCCAGAUGGUGCUGUGAGUUAGCAAUGGAAUAUCACGUAACUCCACUGAUAACACAUAUACUUAUAGUAGGCUUUGAUAACGGCACUGCAUGUCAUUUCACCAUUAGCAUAAUUAUGCAAUAUCAAAUAAACUUUCAAUUCACUAUUUUGUGUGAUGGGUUAAAAAUGGUGCGUUGUGACUGAGACUUAAAUGAGGAAAGCACUGCCUAUAGAUCUGUUUGGAUUUGUGAAACUUUUUGUCCAAUGUUGUCAUUAUGUGUUGGAUAGAUGAUGUUGUGUAGGUAAAGUAUAUAAUGCCAAUGGAUAUUUGACAAAACCUUGAUUGUAAGUGUGCAAAAAAAAAGCUAAUAAAUAGGUUAGA